ACCAAAAAAAAGAUUGAUCUAAAAAGGAACAAUUUCAUUCUCAGGAUUUUUAGAAAAACUUUUUUUCAAAUAUUAAUUACGCCUGUGUUUGUGUGUGUGUGAGGAAGAGAUAAAGAGUUUUUCGCCUUUGUUUCAACUUAAAUCCAAUUAGAAAAUUUCGUAAUUCUUUGCACGCAAGAAGUUCAAAGGCCACCACCAUCAUCAUUAGAAAAAAGAAAAAAUGUCAACUUUAAAACGUAAUCUAAAACAACAUGGUACAGUGUUACCUGAUAAUGAUGUACAGGGAAUAUUUCGUCAACUAGAAUCACCAAAUUUUUUUAACUAUGAUAAUUCAAAUUAUCAACAACAACAAUCAACUUCAUCAACUUUACCAUCACCAAUGUACUCUCCAACCAAAGAUAAUAACAAUGGCGAUUCAAAAAGGUUUAGCGAUAACGAUCAUAACAAUCAUCAGCUUAUAUUGGAUGUAACACAGGCACCAAUAUCAUAUGGAAGAAAAAAUUCAAAUAGGAUUGAAUCGUCAAAAGUUGAUGAUUCUGUAAAUGAUUCAAAUAAUCAACAGAAACAACAAGAAGAUUGUAGUAAUGAUGAUAGACCAUUUAUACGUGCACAUUUAUUUCGACGAAGUUUUUCAUUAGAUGAUAUUGUACAAUAUCAGAAUCGUGCCAUAAUAUCAUGUGAACAUCAUGAAAAUAUUGAUCCAAAUAUGAUGAUUGGACAACCAUAUCAUAAUCAAAGCGCAAUGGAUGUUCACCUGCAACAUAUACGUCAUUCACAAAAUCCACACGGGAAAAUAUCACAUCAUCAAAAUUGGUUGGGUGGUGUAUUUGGUUGUUUCAAACCGAUUAUCGGUAUAAUAAGCAGUAAAGGAUUUAAAGAUGGAAAAAAUAAUUGUGAAAUUCCAUAUGAAAAUUUGAAAGAUAUGCAAUUUUUAGGUAGUGGUGCACAAGGUUCAGUUUAUGUUGCAACAUUAAAUCAAGAAUUAGUUGCAGUGAAAAAAAUGCGUGAAAAAUGUGAAACAGAAAUUAAACAUUUACGAAAAUUAAAUCAUAAAAAUAUUGUUGCCUUUAAAGGUGUUUGUACACAAAGUGCCAAUUAUUGUAUUGUGAUGGAAUUCUGUCCAUAUGGACAGUUAUAUGAAUAUUUAAAAAAAUGUGAAUAUAUGCCACCAGCACAAGUGAUUGAUUGGUCACAUCAGAUUGCAUCCGGAAUGAAUUAUUUGCAUCAACAUAAAAUAAUACAUCGUGAUCUUAAAUCACCAAACGUAUUGAUAUCGAAUAAUAGUGUAUUGAAAAUAUCGGAUUUUGGUACAAGUAGACAAUUAAGUGAUUGUUCAAAAAUUAUGUCAUUUGCCGGUACGGUUGCUUGGAUGGCACCUGAAGUUAUUCGUUCUGAACUUUGUUCGGAAAAAGUUGAUAUAUGGAGUUUUGGUGUUGUUUUAUGGGAAUUAUUAACAUUAGAAAUUCCAUAUCGUGAUUUUGAACAAUCAACUAUUAUAUAUGGUGUUGGUAAUUCUAAUCUUAGUCUUCCUCUGCCUGAAUCAUUUCCAAAAGGUUAUCGACUUUUAAUGCAAAUGAGUUGGAAAAAUAAACCACGUAAUCGUCCAUCAUUUCAACAGAUUAUUGCUCAUAUUGAAAUUGCAUCACGUGAAUUUAAUGAUAUUAAAUUGGAAGAAUUUCGUAAUAAACAACGUAUUUGGAAAGAAGAAGUUCGACAUGCAUUAUCAUUGACAAGAAUAAAUUUUAAUAAUCAACAAUCAUUAUCAAGUAGUUCACAGGUUGCUGGUUCACCUGUAUCCGAAUGUUCGGAUCGUUUAAAAUCAAAAAAUAAGAAAAAAUCAUUAAAUCAUUUAGAUCAAUUAGAUCCAACAGCUCAUCUUGAUCUGGAUGAACCAUUACAAUCAGCAUUACAAAGUGCAAUGAUACGUAAAACUGCCAGUCUUUAUACCGAUAUGGUUAAAGUAAUUGAAUCAUUAGUUGAAAGAGAAAGAAAAAUAUGUGAAAGUGAAAAUGGUGGUAGUCAAAAUGGUACAGAAUAUUCUGAAUCAAUUCGUAAUCAAUCAUCAAAAAAACCAUUAACAGAAAAAUUAUUGGAAAAAGCAUUGAAUGAUCCUAUUUAUAAAAGUGCAUUAGAAUUAAGUCGUGAAUCAUCAAAAACCAAUAAUGAUUUGAAUGAUAGUUUGUUUGUUAGAGCUUUAGAAAGUCCAAUACGUCAACGUGGUGGAUCACAAUAUGGAAGUGUAAAAGCAAAAUUACGACGAAGAAAUCGACGAUUAAAUCAAUGUUAUUCAUCAUCAUCAAAAGAUAUUAGUUUUAGUAUGGCCGAUUCACAGGAUACAACUGCACAAGAAAAUUCCAUAGCAUUAGAUGAUUGUAAUGAUUUAAUAUCGAUUCCAAUUGAUUUGAUAAAUAAAUCAAAUGAACAACAAGAUUUAGUAACAACAACAACAACAAAUCAAAGUAAUAAUCAAACACAAAUGAUUCGUGGUGUACCACAACGUCGUACAUUUGAUUCGGGUUAUGGUGAAGGACAAAGCUGUAUAUCAUCACCGAUUGCUGAACCAAAGAAAAAUUGUAAUAGUAAUAGUAAUGGUAAUGGUAAUGGUAAUGGUGGAAAUAUUAGUGCUAGUUCAGCAAAUACAUCAGCAUCACUAUCUGGACAACGUAUACGUGCUAGAUUACGUAGACAAAAAGCAAUUGAUCGUAGUUCAUGUCCAUCAUCUGGAUUAUCAUCAAAUAGAUCACGACCAAUGUCAUCAAGUUAUCAUCAACAUCAACAACAACAACAAUUAUAUACAGCAAAUAGUUCAACAGAUUAUGAAGAUAAUGAUUAUGAUGAUGAUGAUGAUGAUAAUGAUUAUAAUAGUUUAUAUUCAAGACGUUCAAGUUCAGUUGGUAGAAUACAUGAAUUUGGAACCUGUCAUGCAUAUGGACGUUUAAGAAGAAAAACAUCAGCAAUAAGUUCAAGUGAUAACGAUAAUGAUGAUGAUGAUGAUGAUAAUGAUAUUGAUGAUGAAGGUAAAACAAGUAGCAGUGAUAAUGAUGAUCGUUUAAAAGCAUAUAAUAUUGCUAUAAUUAAAAGAAAAUUAAAAGCAUCAUUACCAUCAUCAUCAUCAUCGGGUAGAAAAAGUACAGCAGAUCGAAGACCAUAUAGUGGUGGUCAUCAACACCGCCAUCACCACCAUCAUCACCACAAUCAUCACCAUCAUUCAGCUUCAAAAUAUCUGCCUACAACAACAACGGGUAAACAACAACAACAGCAAACAAUGACAUCAUUGAAUAAUGAAAUUGGUGAUUUAAGUCCACGAAUUAUUAGUUGAUGAUAAAAAAUAGAUUCU